AUGUCCAGCCAGAUGCUGAGAGCAGGCCAUACUGUCUGUGUAGGCCCUCAAGAGGAAACCAGGAACAGCUUUCUUCCUGCCCGGAGCACCAACCUGGCUCCCCAGUGUCCCUACUAUACCACUGAAGGCUGGGGCACCCAGGUUCUGAUGGCCCCCAUGCCUGGCAAGGGGCAACCACUCCCCAACAGGUGCAGACAGGCAGUACCAACAGUGACCAAGUCGAAUUGCCUCCCCCAGCCCAGAGGGCAGCAGGAUACAGGCUGGACUGAUGAACUGGCUUCCUCCGUUGGUUUCUCCCUGGAGAGCCUCAACCAGAUGAUCCUUGAACUUGAUCCUAACUUUGAGCUUCUGCCUUCAGGGGCAGAAAGCCUCAGAACAGACCCAGCCCCAACCCCCAAUGUCACAGCAUCAAGGAGCAAAAAAGAAGACCCUGAAGUGUUGGAUAUAAAGUAUAUUGAGGUGACAUCUGCCAAACCGAGGUGCCAGGAACCCCCUCAGCGCUGUGCCAGCCCCUCAGUCAUCCCUUCCUGCGGAUCGCCUCUGAGUGGCGGCAUCCUUCUCUGCAGAGACACCCCCCUUGAAAAAAGUGCCAGCAGCGAGAGCCUCAUUUUCUCUGGGAACCAGCAUAGGGGACAUCACCACCUGCAUCAGCCUCCACCCCCAGUGGGAGAGCGAUCAUCUCAUCACUCGCCCUCCCCUGGUAUCUCCAUUCCCCAUCCCAAGAACAAGAACACUGGUCCUCAGAGUGACAGCUUCUUCCUGGAAGCUUCUCCAGGCUCAGGAGCCAUGCCAAGGCCCUCACUGGGGAGCUGGGCACUGCAGAGAGGCAGUGGGGCUUCUCUGCUGUCCAGCAGCCCAGGCUCUGACACCAGCUAUGUGUUUGGCAGCAGCCAGUCUCUGCUCUCUACUACCACCUCCAGCCACCAGCCUGCCUACAAGUCCCCAGAAUGCCCCAGAGGCUCUUCCUCCAGCAUCCACAACCCCAGCACUGCAUCUCCCAGUGGGAGACCUAGCUACUUCCACCUCCAGAGCCCUGACUCAGGACUCACAACACCAGCCUCCACCCUAGGCCAGCCUGCUGGCUCGCACUCACCUCCACUGCAGAAGGAGCAUGCCAGCAGCUGCCCUCCAUCGAUUGCUAAUUCCAUGGUGGACAUCCCCAUUGUGCUGAUCAAUGGCUGCCCAGAACCAGGCCUUGCCUCCCCACAGCCUCCUCGCAGACAUAACAGCUUUGUCCGGCCCAUGGUUGACACUCCCAGCAACCCCUAUGCAGGCCUCGGCCCCCACAGCAAGACCCCCUCUGAUACCAAUCUUGCCUCCUCCUCUGAGGGUCCCAACAGAGACACUUCACCACCAACCAUGAAGUUUGUAAUGGACACAUCCAAGUACUGGUUUAAACCAAGCAUCACUCGGGAUCAAGCAAUCGAGAUGCUGAGGAUGGAGGAGCCAGGUGUUUUCGUGAUCAGGGACAGCACUUCAUAUCGAGGGUCCUUUGGUCUCGCCAUGAAGGUUCUGGAAUCUCCAACAUCCCUUCAGAGUAAAUCAGGGCCCGACAGCAGUGACCUUGACCUGGUCCGACACUUCCUCAUUGAAUCUUCAGCCAAAGGGGUGCAUCUCAAAGGGGCUGGGGAGGAGCCCUACUUUGGCAGCUUGUCAGCCUUUGUAUACCAGCACUCGAUCAUGCCCUUAGCCUUGCCCUGUAAGCUAGUCAUCCCCAAGAAAGAAUUGGGAGGUGGAGAUGGGGCCCCAGAUCCCCCAGCAGACAGCGAGGCCUCUCAAUUGAAGAAAUCAGCCAGCUGCCAAGCCCUGUACCUGACCUCUGUGAGUGUGGAGACACUGACUGGGGCCAUGGCCGUGCAGAAGGCCAUUUCUACCACCUUUGAAAGAGAAAUUCUCCCCACGCCUACUGUGGUUCAUAUUAAAGUCACAGACCAGGGCAUCACCCUCACCGAUGUGCAAAGAAAAGUGUUUUUCCGGCACCAUUAUCCACUUGCCACCCUCCGUUUCUGUGGCAUGGACCCAGAGCAUAGGAAGUGGCAGAAGUAUUGCAAAUCUUCGAGGAUUUUUGGCUUUAUUGCCAAAAGUUUGACAGAGCCUGCAGAAAACGUGUGCCAUCUUUUUGCUGAAUACGAUGCUGUCCAGCCAGUCUCUCUGGUCAUCGAUUUCGUGGGCACCCUGCUUGUGGAUAUAGAGAAGAUGUAG